AUGAACCACGUAGCCGACUCCAUCCCCUCCGACCUCCUCGCCAUUCCUCCUCUGUCCUCCCAAACCCCCCUACCUCAGCCCCUCUACAAACCGAUCAAAAUUCUCGUGAUUCACGGCCACGGCUCCUCCUCCUCCCGCGCUUUCUACAAAUACCGCGGCCUACAGCCUCUCAUCCGGCACCACAUCAUGCACACCCUGCACCGCGACGUCGAGUUCUACUUCCCGAACGCCCCGCUGCUGCCGGCCGGUUUCGAGCCCGGUAUGUGGACCUGGGGGCUUGGCGAUUAUCGCGUAGAUCGCGUCCCGGGGCUGCAGGAGUCGGUUAGUUUCUUGGUGCGGUACAUGGAAGAGCAUGGGCCUUUCGAUGGCGUUAUGGGGAGCUCGGCCGGCGCUACUGUUGCUAUUGUCGUGGCGUCGUUGCUCGAGGGCGAUCUGCUCAGAGGGGGGUGUGAGGAGGUUAAGAUGAAGACAAACCAUCCCCCCCUCAAAUUCAUGAUCUCCUACAGCGGCUUCAAAAUGGGCCACGCGCGCUACCGCUCCAUCUAUCGCCCCAAGAUCCAAACCCCGAUUAUGCAUUUCAUCGGCGAGCUGGACACUUACAUCCCCGGUACUUUGACGCUGAAGCUGGCCGAGCGCUGCGUCAAUAAUCAGGUCGUGUAUUUCCCCGGUGGGCAUUAUAUUCCGCGGUUGAAGAGGACUACUGUCGCGGCUGCGGGAUUCAUUUGCGAUUGUUUGGAUAUUGGUGGUUGUGAUGAUGAGAGUGAGUGGGAGGAGGUUGAUGAUGAUGAUUUGUAGAUCUUUUUCAGACUUGUUUCUUUUUCCUUUGGUUGUUUUGUUUGUUGAAG